AUGGUUGAUAGGAAGCUCGUUGCUAUUUCAUUAGAUCCAGAAGAUGAGGAUGAAGAAAUAGUUUUUUGUACAUAUAACCUUGAAGGACAGUUUCAAAAGAUUCGUGAUCAAGAUUCAAAAUUUAAUGAAACUGACUUCAAAUCUGCAUUGAAAAAAUUUUUCCAACUAGAUUUACCAUAUAUUGUUUAUCAUGAUGCCAAUCCUUUUGAAUUAUUGGAUGAUGAAUGUGAAGUUUUAAAUACUAGGAUUUUCAAACCAAAUGAUGGUGUAUUGGAACGUGAUACAAAGAUUGGGAAUGAAAUUGGUUAUAAAUUUAAAAAAGAACGUGUUGAAAGGGUUCAUGAUCAUUCCUAUCUACCUGGGAAACCUGAUAUGAUUUAUGAAUCAUAUCCUUUUUUCAAACCAGAUAUAGAUGAAAGUUAUGAAUUUGCUAAUGAAGAAUUUGUUUUAAAAUUUAUUUCAAAAUUUUUCAAAUCAUUGUUCCAAUCCAAAAAUGAAAUUAAAGCAACAGAAUCAUUACAAUACAUUAGAGAUUUAAUAACAUUUCAAAAUCCUGUUGAAUAUCAAAACUAUUUCACAAUUCAUAAUGGUGAAUUUUAUGAUGUGUUCCAAGAACGUAUAUUCCAAACAAUUUUACAAAUUUAUGAAAAAUUCAUCUUCAAGAAUAGUGCCAAACUAAGGAAAUUUUUCAAUGAUACAGAUUCUUCAUAUCAUCCAAUAUUGAACUCCAUGGAUAAUAUUUCAUUAAAAUCAAUUGGAUCCGUUGCAACAUCUCCAUUUGCAUUUGGUAUAAGUGAUGAAGAUACGAAAUUUUUGAAUGCUUUACUAGUCCAUGUUGAAUUGGUUAAUAUGAAUUUAGGUAUUGGUGAAGGUUAUGAACUUUAUUUCAAUAGUAAAAAGCAAAAUUUUGCAAAUCAAGAGUUGAUUGGUACAAAUUCAACUAAAAUUGAUAAUUUUUUAAAAUAUUUUACAAAAUGUGUUUCAAUUUGUUUGAAUUCAAAGACUAAUAGAUUCAUAAUCACUGAUUAUUAUUGGAUCUCUGUUUUUGAAAUUGAAGAUGUCAAAGAUGGUGAAAUUGAAGAUGUUAAAAGAUUGAUUUCAAAAGUUAAAGUUCGUCAUUUUAGUUUUUCAAAUUUUGAAAAAAGUGGAAAUAUUGAUGAAAAUUUAACAAUAAGGUCAAUCAUUGCAUCAUUCUUCAACGUUUCACCAACAAGUUAUAAAAAAAAUCUUAAAGAAAUGGAAACAUUGAAUAAAAAAGUGAUUAAAGAUUGGGAACUUUUCAAAAAAACUGAAUCACAUUCACAUGUUGUCACCAAGAGUAAUAAUCGUAAAAGGUUAAAAUUUAGUCCAUUUACAUAUAGUACACCAACAGGGAUACAACUGCAAAAACAAAAAGUUGAUUUAGAGAAAUCUUUAAUUAAAUUCAUUGCAAUUGGGUAUGAAUGGUCAUGUCAAACUUUGAGUGUUGAUUUGAAAAAACUAUUCCAGGAUAAAUUACAUUAUUCUCAAUUGAAUUUUGAUAAAGCUGGUGCUAAUAAGAAGGGUAAAGAAGUGUUAUUAUCCAUUUAUGAUGCACAAUAUGAUUCUGAUCAUUUUGAAUUUGAUGAAUAUUAUCGUUCAAUUGAAAGUAAGAAAUCUAAAGCUUCAUUUGAUUCAAUUUUAGGAUUAGUUAAACCGGACCAAUCGUAUUUUAGAUGGUUGUCAAAUGUUGAAGUUUAUGAAAAACUGGUUGGGUUGCAAGGUGAUGUUAUCGCUAAAAUCAUUGAUUAUGGAUAUUUGGAAGAUAAGGCUUAUAAUGACGAUGAAUUACAUUUUAAAACUGAUGGAUUUUAUAUGAUUUACGAACCAAUUUCACCAAAUUUCCAAGAUAUGACACCUGUUGACUUUAAAAAUGAAGAACAUUAUCAAUUAGCCAAAGAGACAUUGAGCAAGAUUCAUGAAUAUGGUGUUAGUUUCCAUCCUCGUACUAAAUUAACAUUAGAAAUCCUUAGAUACUACAAGGGGAAAGUUUAUGUGAUUAAUUUAGAAGAAGCAUCAUCAGUUCCAACCAAGAGUUCCAAAAAUAAAGAUUUGAUUGAUUUGGAUCGGAUUUUCAACAAGAGCACUGGUAAUUUGGAAGGUGGUAAAGAGAGAAAGAGAAGUCGCCAACAUGCUCAUGGACAUUCUCAUCAACAUAUAUUUGAUUUUUUGGCUGCAUGUGAGGAAGAUGAUUAUAGACCAGAUUAUGGAUCAUGGUCUGUGAGUGAGAGUGAGGAAGGAGAUGAAGAUGGAGUAAUGUAUUAG